AUGGUGUGCGAGAUGGAAGAAGUUAACGAAAGAUCGAAUCUAUCUCUGAGUGAACUGUUUCGAGCAUUCGAAAAGAGUUUGGGCUUCAAAAAUGAUAUUAAAUGGGUGAAUGUCAUUUUAAUUGGUCUUUAUCAUAUUGCAGCUGUAUAUUGGUGCUCCAUUUACUCUUUCCCAGUAAAAUGGCAAACGGUUGUUUUCGCUGCACUGCUAUUUAUAUUUACCGGUUUAGGAGUUACUGGUGGCGCUCACAGAUUAUGGACCCAUAAAUCAUAUAAGGCGAAGCUGCCUCUUAAGAUAUUUCUACUUAUCUGUUUCUCUGGUGCUGGACAGAACUCCGUAGAACAAUGGGUCCUCGAUCAUCGCGUACAUCACAAAUUCAGCGACACCGACGCAGACCCACACAACGCUAACCGAGGAUUAUUCUUCUCACACAUCGGAUGGCUGAUGAUGAAGAAAAAUAACCAAGUUAUAACAAGUGGAAAACAAAUCGACAUGACUGACAUUACUAACGAUCCUUUGCUUCGUUUUUACAACAAAUAUUUCAAUUAUUUUAAAUUAUUGUUCUGCUACAUACUGCCAGUUUAUACCAACGUACAAUUGUUUGGGGAGACCUGGCAGUGCGCGGUCGCGUGGCAGUGGUUCAUACGAUUUUUGAGUACGUUCCAUAGUGAAUUGACAGUUAACAGUCUUGCACAUGCGUAUGGAUAUAAACCUUAUAACAAGAACAUAAUGCCAAGCGAAAAUCGUUUCGUCGCGACAUGCUCAUUCGGAGAGGGCUGGCACAACUAUCACCACGCAUUUCCCUUCGAUUAUAAAGCAGCAGAACAUUUCGAUAUGUUAAAUUUAACUACGAAAUUUAUUACAUUUUUUGAAAAAAUAGGAUGGGCUUAUGAUUUACGGGAAGCUACGCCAGAAAUGAUCAAUUCUAUGGCCGAAAGAUUAGGAGAUGGAACUCCAGUACACUUUCCUAUACCUGCUAAAAAUGAUGUCGAA